AUGAAUCAAUUCUCAUUAAAACAUUUUAUCGUUCGCUCGCAAGCUUUGGCACUGUAUCGAGACGUAAUGAGAACUGUGAUGAAAAUCGAAGAUCAGGAUUAUCGAAAAGAAAUUCGAGAAUGGGCAAGAAGUGAAUUUCAUCGAAAUCGAUCAUUGAGAGAUCUAGGAGAAAUUCGAACACAAGUAGCACUAGGACGACGAAGUUUAAAUGAAUUGAAAUUAGCGAUGCAAAUGGCUUCUUGA